AGGGCAGGGCGGCUUCUCCCCUCUGCCCUUGCCCCGGCGGCCAGGCCGGCCCCGCUGCGCUGCGCUGCGCUGGCGGCGGAUGGCUACAGCUCCCCCAAGUUACUGUUUUGUAGCUUUUCCCCCACGUGCAAAAGAUGGGCUGGUGGUGUUUGGAAAAAACUCUGCACGGCCUAGGGAUGAAGUGCAAGAGGUGGUCUACUUUGCGGCUGCAAAUCAUGAUCCAGGAAGUAAAGUCGAGUGCACAUAUAUUGAGAUUGAGCAGGUGCCGAAGACUCAUGCUGUUGUGCUGAGCAGGCCUUCCUGGCUUUGGGGAGCAGAAAUGGGAGCUAAUGAACAUGGAGUCUGCGUAGCUAAUGAAGCCGUUGUGACCAGAGAACCAGCUUCUGAAUCUGAAGCCUUGCUUGGAAUGGAUCUUGUCAGACUUGGCCUAGAAAGAGGAGCAACAGCUAAAGAAGCAUUGGAUGUAAUUGUUGCUUUGUUAGAGGAGCAUGGACAAGGUGGAAAUUAUUACGAAGAUGGGAAUUCUUGCCAUACUUUCCAAAGUGCAUUUCUGAUUGUGGACAGAAAAGAAGCAUGGAUACUAGAGACUUCUGGGAAGUAUUGGGCAGCGGAAAAAAUCACAGAGGGUGUGAAAUGCAUUUGCAAUCAGCUUUCAUUAACUACAAAAAUUGAUGCUGAGCAUCCUGAGCUGAGGAAUUACGUGAGAAGUCAAGGCUGGUGGAAUGGAGACACAGAUUUCAAUUUUUCUGAAGUAUUCUCUCUUGCUGAUGACCAUUUAGCCUGCUGUUCUGGCAGGGAGAGCCUAGAAAAGCAAGGUGGUCACAUUUCUGCACAAACUAUGAUUGAUGUCUUGCGUGAUAAGGACAGUGGUGUCUGUGUGGACUCUGAAUCUUUCCUUACUACAGCUAGCAUAGUGUCUGUUCUGCCUCAGGACCCUAGUUCUCCGUGUAUUCAUUACUUUACUGGCACACCAGACCCUUCAAGGUCCAUAUUUAAACCCUUUAUUUUUGUUGAUGAUGUCAAAUUAGUACCAAAAGUGCAGUCUCCUUCUUUUGGUGGUGACGAUCCCGCUAAAAAAAUACCUCGAUUCCAGGAAAAACCUGACCGCAGGCAUGAAUUGUACAAGGCACAUGAAUGGGCCCGAUCUGUCCUUGAGAACGAUCAGGAUAAAGGUCAGAAGCUGAUGAGGAUUAUGUUAGACCUUGAAAAACAAGGCUUGGAAGCGAUGGAAGAUAUCCUUACUCGUACAGAGAUUCUGGAUGCUGCUGAAGUAGUGGAUCUUUUCUAUGACUGUGUUGACACAGAACUCAAGUUCUUCAAAUGAACCACAGUGGAUACUGUUAGCCUUUUCACAGGAAGACUGCAAAGUUCUUCAAGCCUUGAAAGACAAGUCUUCACACUUAUGAAUUUGCAGGAAAAAAGCAUUUCUAAAGGAAAAAAUAUUCCUUAAUAGCUGUAUCUGAUUAACAAAUUGCUUUUCUUUGUCCAAUCAUGUGGUGUUUCUGUUUGUGUGUAUGUAUAUAGUGAAAGGAGAAAGUUACUGACUGGUCCAGUUACUGUGUGCAUGCUGGCUAAUUUAGUACAGAAUGUUUAAAUAUGUAUGUUGGGCAACCAAUUAAAGCAAAGAUUAACUUCA